ACGCAGACAAUUCCAACACUCAAGGCCAGCUCCAAAAUACCAUUCUUUGUUCCACAUUAGCAAUACAACUUUCUCAGCUGCCAAACAGAAAGCCAACUUGUUUUUCUCUCAGCUUUUGAUCCCAAAAAAUGGCAGAUGCAUUGACAGAAGGUCAAAUUUCUGAGUUCCAGGAAGCCUUUUGCCUCAUUGACAAGGAUUCAGAUGGACUUAUUAGAUUGGAAGAACUAGCAACAGUGAUCCAGUCACUGGAUCAACGUCCUACAAAAGAAGAAAUCCAAGACAUGAUAAGUGAGAUUGGUGCUGAUGGAAAUGGGACCAUAGAUUUUGAAGAGUUUUUGAAUAUUAUGUCAAGAAAGAUGAAGGAAAAUGUUGCUGAGGAGCUCAAAGAAGCCUUCAAAGUAUUUGACAGAGACCAAGAUGGCUACAUUUCAGCCUCUGAGCUGAGACAAGUGAUGAUAAAUUUAGGAGAAAGACUGACUGACGAAGAGGCUGAACAAAUGAUUAAAGAAGCUGAUUUAGAUGGUGAUGGUCUAGUUAGCUAUGAAGAAUUUGCAAGGAUGAUGAUGCUCAGUUGAUCUUUUCCUCCUUUCUUAAUCAUGUUACUAGAAAUAGAAAAAUUGAUCAAAAUUAAAUCAUGUGUUUAAUCCUUAUACUCAUUGAUUAGGAAGCAAUGCAAAUUGUGCAAUUACGGUUGUAUUAUAUGAGAGGUGCCAUUUCACUUUUA